CACACUAACAAAUUUAUUUUCUUUAAUUCAUUAGAUUUAGAUAACAUCCACUUAAAGUGGCUUUGCAUUUAGAUUUAACAUUUGAACCUGCCAAAAUUUAAAAAUGGUGUUUGAGAUCAUUAAUAAUUUAAUUCUCGUCGCAUUAAUUUUUUCCAAUCAAGAAUCUUUCAUUAAAUCAGAAACAAUAAAUUCAACGUGUGAGCUAGAAGAAAUUGUAAAUGGAUACCUUGAAAUAAAUGAAAAUGGCAUCACUGGGACACUACAUUGCAAUACAAAUUAUACGUUAUAUGGAAAUUCGAGUAGUAUAUGUUUUCAAAAUUACUGGUUAAAUUUUGGCCGUUGUGUUCUCAAUGAUUGUAUAAAAAGUUCAAUGCAUUAUACUCUUGAAAUGGAUACAUAUAGUUCAGAAGAAGAGAUACAUUAUGGGUGUAGUUAUGAAUAUGAAUUAAAGGGACCAAAAUUCGGAUUUUGUACCAAUGGAAAAUGGUCAAAUCCUCCUCCUGUAUGUGAAUUAAAAGAAUCAGAAAAUCAAUCUUUUGUAGAAUCAAAAUCAACAGAGGAAAAAUGUUCACCAUUCCAAAUUGAAAAUGGAGUUGUUGCAAUAAAUAAAAGGGGUACGAUUGCGACAGUAAAGUGUAAUUCAAAUUAUUCACAAAAAUAUGAAAGGAAAUCAAAUAUUUACUGCAAUAAUGGAAUAUGGAUGAAUCAAUUUUUCACUCGUUGUAUUCAUAAUGACUGUUUAAAUAGUCCUUCGCAUUACACUUUGACAAAUGGAGAUGUUUAUCCCUUUUAUAGAACGACUUCGGAUGUAAAAAUAAAAUAUAGAUGCAAUAAUAAAUAUUAUAAUUUAAUAGGAGAAAAAGCGGCAUUCUGCAUCGAUGGGAAGUGGUCAAAUCCUCCACCUGAAUGUAAAAUAAUUAAAAAAGAUUUUACAACAUAUUAUUAUUCUGUUAUUGAACCCCAACCACCAGGUAGGUGUGCCUAA